AUGGUAAUCAAUGGUCAGCAGUCUAUCAGGAUGCCACAGAAAGGGAAUAAUAUGUUACAGUUCCAAAAUUAUCCUAGUAAGAUGCCGGUACCAUAUGUAACAUAUGCAGAUUUUGAAGCUAUCACGGAAAAGAUAGAAGGAUGCUUCCCUAAUAAUACUAAAUCUUGUACUGACAAAUAUCAAAAGUAUACGGCGUGCAGCUAUGGUUAUAAAGUAGUCUGCUGUUAUAAUGACAAAUAUACUAAGCCUGUAGAGAUUUACAGAGGAGAGGAUCCAAUAAAGAAGUUUAUGCAGGAGAUGCUUAAGGAGGUAGAAUUUUGUAAGAAUAUGAUCAGUACUAAAUUUACGAAACCGCUGAAGAUGGCGGAUGAGGAUGAGCAAUGUUUUAAAACUGCUCAGGAGUUCCAUAUUUGUGGUCAAAAGUAUAGUGAUAAAGAUAUCGGUGUUAGGGACCAUUGUCAUAACACUGGACAGUACAGGGGAUCAGCACAGCAAGAUUGCAACCUUAAAUUAAGAAUUAGUUCAAAGGAGUUCAAGACCCCUGUCAUAUUCCAUAAUCUGCGGGGAUUAUGA